AGCUUUCUCAAACCACUCGCCAUCUCCUCCGUCCCCCACCGCGCUACCAGCGGAGCACCGCCACGGCCACCCUCGCUUGCUUGCUAGUCGCCUCCGCUUCCCCCUUCCACUUGCCCCGCUCCGCGUCUCCCGGAGCGCGGCACGCCGUAGCGCCGCCGCGGCCGGGCGGCAUGAAGAGCCUCUGGAAGCAGAGCGGCGGCCUGGUGUGCGGGGACGCCGGGCCCCUCAGCCCGCUCGGCGGCCGCUCGCGGCGCCGCGCGAGGCUCACCCUGUACGGGUUCGCGGUCUCCUUCGCCGCGUUCACCGCCUACGUCGCCUUCGCCACGCCCUCCUCCGCGGGCGCCGGCGCCGGCGCGGAGGGGGGCGCCUCGUGGUUCGGCAGCGUGUACGCGUCCACGGCGCCGUACCGCUCGCAGAUUUCCGGCUUCUUCUCGUCCAUCCUGCCCGCUAGCGCGCCCGCCCCCUCGCCGCAGCCUCCGCGCGCCACGGCGGGCGGAUCGGGCGGCGGCGUUGGCGAGGUGAGCCGCGAUGUGAGCGGUGGGGGAGUGGGGAGCGCGGCGGGAAGCAACAGCUCUGCCGCGGCUGAGUCUAGUAAGCAGCUGGGAAGUGGAGGUGGUGCUCCGAUCGGCAAUGUCGGUGGUGGGAGUGUGCCUCCGGCCAGUGAUUUGGCCGGAAAUGGCAUUAGCGGCGAAGGCGGAGGCGGGGCUCCGACGAAUAAUUCUGCAUCGAGUGGCGGUGCGGUGGAUCAGAAUAAAGGGAACGGCGGAGGUCUUUCGAGUAGCAAGGCAGGAGGCAGCAGUGGAUCUCCAGCCAGCAGUGCCGCCGGAGACAGAACCGUGGCGAAGGCCAGCGAGCAGAGCGUAGAUACGUCUAAUAAGCAGCCGGGAAGUGGAAGCGGAGACCCGAGCAAUGCUACUGCCGGACAAGGCAGCACUGUGAAAGCCGAGGCCAAAGUUGGAGGAGGUGUCCCCAGCAAUAAUUCUGCCGGGAGUAGCAGCUCCGGGAAGGUUGAUUUGAGCACUGGAUCUUCUAAUACUCAGGCUGGAAGCGGAAUUGGCAUUCCAACCAGUGGUUCUGCUUCUGGAAAUAUCAGCUCGGUGAAGGCCGAGGCAGAAGGUGCUGUUGGAGCCGGGAGCAGUGGUUCUUCUGGAAGUGGCACAGAAAAGAAGGCUGAUUUGAGUAAAGGUUCAGAUGCUCAGCCAGGGAGCAGAAAUCGAGAUGCAAGCCAUAAAUUAGCUGGAAAUUCUAGUCCGGUGAAGGCUGGUUCGAAUAAUAGUUCAGAUGCUCAGCAAGGGAGUGGAAAUGGAGAUGCAAGCCAUAAAUCAACCGGAAGUUCCAGUCUGGCAAAGAGCACAGAUACGAAAGCUAGUUCAAAUAAUAGUUCAGAUGCUCAGCCAGGGAGUGGAAGUGGAAGUGGCGAUGCAAGCCAUGAAUCAGCUGGAAGUUCUAGUUCAGUGAAGAGCAAUGCCGGAGAUGGCGGAGGUGAGCACAAUAGUAGCAGUGUGAGUGCUGUUCCAACUAGUAACCAAACUGGUAGUCUUGCAUUGGCAGGGGAGAAAGAAGUUGGAUCUCCCAGUAAGAACAACAUGGUUGUAGCAUCCCCGGCUGUAAAGAAUCAGGAACAGACAAGCAGUGGAGUUGCUUCCGGUGGAAGCAGUGGUGCAGUGAAUAAGCAGAAGGGAGAUGCUACUCAGGGAAGCGCUGGCUCAUCAAAAGACCAUUCGGCCCAAGCAGUCACCUCAAAAUCUGGAAACGACAGUAAGGGUAACGUGUCGACAACAAAACAGGAUGGUGGUUCUAGUGGAAACAAGGAAGUUGAUUGGUUCAAGCAGGUGGCCAGUUGUGAUAUGUUCCAUGGGCAUUGGGUUAGGGAUGACUCAUACCCUCUCUACCCGGAGGGAUCGUGCCCUCACAUUGAUGAACCCUUUGACUGCUAUCUCAAUGGUCGGCGAGAUCUAGCUUAUCAGAAGCUCCGUUGGCAACCCAGUGGAUGCAGUAUCCCAAGAUUGAACCCGACCGACAUGUUGGAGAGGCUGAGAGGAAAAAGGCUUGUUUUCAUCGGUGAUUCACUCAACAGGAACAUGUGGGAAUCCCUUGUGUGUAUUUUGAGGAAUUCUGUCAAAGACAAGAGGAAGGUUUUUGAGGCAUCUGGCAGGCGUGAAUUUAAGACCGAAGGCUCAUACUCCUUCCUGUUCACGGAUUAUAACUGCAGCGUGGAGUUCUUCCGCUCCCCAUUCCUAGUCCGGGAAUGGGAGAUGAAAGUCAGCGAUGGAAAGAAAAAGGAAACUCUCAGGCUUGACCUGGUUGAGCAAUCGUCACCGAAGUACAAGGAUGCAGACUUUCUCAUCUUCAAUACUGGCCAUUGGUGGACACAUGAGAAAACUGCUCUAGGGAAGGACUACUAUCAGGAAGGUAAUCAUGUGUAUAGCGAGCUUAAUGUUGUGGAUGCCUUUCAUAAAGCUCUUCUCACCUGGUCCAAGUGGAUUGAUGCCAAUGUUAACCCCAAAAAAACCACUGUGUUAUUCAGAGGCUACUCAGCAUCUCAUUUUAGUGGCGGUCAAUGGAAUUCAGGUGGGAGCUGCGACAAGGAGAGUGAACCAAUAACAAACGAGCAGUACCUUUCAACCUACCCACCAAAGAUGAGCAUUUUAGAGGAUGUGAUCCACAAGAUGAAAACUCCAGUUGUCUACCUGAACAUAACUAGAAUGACUGACUACAGAAAGGAUGCACACCCUUCCAUUUACCGCAAGCAGAACCUGACAGACGAGGAGAGGAGGUCGCCUGAGAGAUAUCAGGACUGCAGCCACUGGUGCCUUCCUGGAGUACCAGAUUCCUGGAAUGAGCUGCUUUAUGCUCAACUUUUGAUCAAACAGCAUCAAAUGCACCAACAAUAAAGGCAAGUAGGGUUUUUGCUGGGUGGUUGUAUAUGAUCUGUUGUUGUCUAGGAUAAAUAGUCAACACAAUGAUCAAAUUAAGGUCGACAUGAGACCUUGGAUUUUUCUAAAUCCAUAUAGAGAGUAAACCUGUCCAGUUAGUGUUAGCUCUCAAUACCCACACAAGUUCUUCCGUAGAGGCAUCUGGGACUUAUGUUGUAAAGUUCAUAUCUAGCUAUAAUCAGAAAUAAGAAAAUAGUAUAGAUGUGAUGAUAUAGAUGCUCCUGUGUCAUCUGCGACUCCCUGCCUUUUUUUUUUGUGCCUAGGGUUGCUUUAUGAUAUAGAAUUUAAGUGGAAAAGAGAACCACAUCAACCAUACUGACAUUUCACUUAUUGCUCCAUAGGUGGGGCGUUUUGGUUGGGUGAACUGGGUAGUUUCUCGGAAUUCAUUUGUAUGGAUGAAUGUGGGAUUGGGAAGAUGUAGUACCUAACUACUUUGUAAAAGACCUAACUGUUUAUACUAUAGAAAAAUGGUAGAUAUUAAUGCCUUGUGUACUGAUGAUGACAUAUUGUGCUGGGAUUUUUUUGUCCUAGCGAACAAUGUACUAGGAAGUACCAACAUAAGCACAUUUAUGUAUGUCCUGCAUAACAUUCAUGAUGUAUUUGAAAGCUUGAAGGACAUCUGCCAGAGAA